CUUUCUGUCUUUUGAGCAAAGAUGGCGAGGGGACAAACACCAUGUUGGUUUAAUGCAUGUAGGGUGAUAUCUCGCCCCAGUGUCUCUGCGUUAUUUUAAUCACUGUUCCGGCUGUCUGUAUUUUUCCUGUUAACAAAGUCUUGACGUUUUGGCAGCAGUUAAAAGCAUUUGCGUCGUCGCAAUGAAGAGAGAAAUAUCAGGCCAGACAUUUAAACAGCCAGUCCAACGGAUUUAAAACUUCCUAGAAAAGAAAGUAUCAUACAAUCGUUAAACUUGAAUUGUAAUUUGAAUAAUGUACAGUUAUAUGUCUACGAAUACGAACUGGGCCAUCUUUUGAUCAAGACAUAGACGCGAGAAAUGGUAGAAAAAGCAAGGACUGUUUGCUCCAUCACAAGAGGUGAAGUACCCCGCAUAGAUUUGCGUAUAAAACAAGGGUUUUAAAUAUCUUUUCUGUUUCCGUUCAAUGAGCGGUAAAGAAGCCUCAAGUUUCGGUAAGUUAAGUGCUUUAAAUGGAGAGAAAGAAAAGAUGGAGAAAUGCGGAACAAUGGAGACGAUUUUCAGCUAAAUCGCCGAAAUGUCAAUUGGUUGUCAUGGCAUUAAAGCCCUAUCCUGUCGUCAUUUGAAGAAAACGUCAUCAAACAACUAGCCUGUAUAAUAAUGAAAGUAUUAUCCAUGGUAAAACACUACCAAAGAAAAUCUUCCAAUUCUAACGGAUUUAUAGACUUUCGAAUAACAUGCAGUCGACGGAUUCGAGGAAAACGCUUUAUGAAAUCUUUGUUAGCCUUCUUUUCAGGGGAGGGGGUCAAAAAUGCCCUCGGUGGAGAGUCAGCGGAAUCUGUCAUCUCGACAUGCUUGGAAUUUAAAUAAUGGCGCACGCGCGUCCCGACCUAGCACAGCGUGCACCAUUCAAUAAUAAAGGUUUUUAUUUGUCCGCGAAAUUCUGCUUUUGCAACAGAAAAACUUCUGAUGAACGACCACGGAGAUGAAACCUGCGGUUUUUAGUCCCACUUCGGAGACCGAAGAGGGUGAAAAACUGAGCCUCGAAAGAGAAUUGAUAGCGAGAAUGGAAGAGGACGCUUCGCAAUCUUUGGACUGUGAGAACAAUUGUUUGAGUGGCAUUAAAUGGCAGACCGACCAUUACAAUAAGGAGUCCGAACGAAAGAAACGAGACGUUUUUAACGGGUUUAGGAAGCUGAAAACUGGUAUUGUGACUCAUGGAGGACGAAGGUCGAAACUCCCGGCUAGGUUUAUGGAGACAGACUCUGAAAGCGACUCAAAUUCGACGCGAAAACGCGUCCGUGAACGAAAGGAUUCGAAGGUAACAUCUGGUGAAAGGCCUACUCCAUGCUCCGUGACCAAGCGAAGAACAAGUAAAAAUGGUAGCACCGGAUCUCUUCAAAAGGCCUCUAUUAAGCGCCCUAAAGGAGAAAAAAAUGAUGAGCUACUUUGCUCGGCACUUGUGGAGGGUUUUGAUGCUAUUGUCGACAUAAAAAGAGAGGAUAUUUUGCCUAUCGUGGAUUCUAAGAGCAAGAUGGAUACUGGUUUUGAUCUUUCUACAAGGACGCCAACACAAAACUUGAAAAGAAAUUUCGUUAGUUCGCCUUCUGAGGGUGAGUCUUCUACAGAGGAGAUACGUCCUCGUAAAAGGGGUAGACCGUUCAAGAAUAAAUUCAAUAUGGAAAAGGCUGCGCGAGCAAAACUAGCUCGAAGUUUGGUUGAAUCGCCACAUGGCGACAACUGUCUUACGAGUGCCACGAAAGCAUCUCUAACGUCACACUCCGACUUGAAAACGAAGAGAAAGAAAAGAAAAAUUCUCAACGGUCUUCGGCGGGCUAAGAGCGAAUUAAGAGACUUCAGUGCAGGGGAGAGUAGUGGAAGCGAAGCUCUGUCUCCAGUUCGCAGGGGACGACCCCCAAAACAUUUAUCAUCGCAUGCGAACAAGACAAAACAACGCGAAUUCGGAGCUCAAAAUGGCGCAAGAAAACCCUGGGUGCGGCCUGUUUUGAAAGCUUUACACAAACGUGCGUUAUUUGAAUCCCCUGAGAAACGACAGAAUUCUUCGGAAACUGCUUCGGAUGUUUCUUUGACCAAAGUUAAGACGAAGUUGGUGAAAGUAAACGGGCGAACGUUGCCUCAAGGUUGUGUGAAUACGGUCGUGAAACGGCGAGGCAGAAAGCCCAAAGACCCUUCACAAAAGCUCAAAAAAUCUCCUUGGAGAAAAAGAAAGGAUAGUUUUGUGUUUACAGACGAGGUCGACUCCACAGAGUGUACUGAGGCACAACUACAAGCUAGGAUAUCAAAGCUUGAUAAAAUACAGAGGCUAAAGAUGCAAAAACAGUUUGGUAAAAAACCCAUAGGUGCUGGUAGACUGAAAUCAUUGAAAAAUCACAAAACUGCCAUUGCAAACAAGCUUAAGAAUAAGAGUAUAAGGAAAGCAAAGCAUGGUCUCCAUAAAAACUCUAGCACAGCAGUAUCCAGUGAGGAUCUGCCAGCUACCACUACUGAUGGACAGCAGAAUCGACGUCGCCAUAGAAACAAGAUUGAUAGGGUCCUGGGUAUGCGUCAGAAAUCAAACUCCGAGUACGAGUUUCUUGUACAGUGGAAGGACGGGACAAGUAAUUGGACAACUCCAGACCAAGCUGCGGACUAUGCUCAGGACUUGAAGGAAUUUUUAACUCAUGAGUUCCAGGAGCGCACUGUAGUUAGUAGACUAGUAUUUAAGGCCUACUGUAAGGAUAACUUGGACCAGUACCCAGCAAGUGACCCACAGGAAGUAUCAGAUGUCGACUCUAACUGUUCAGAUAUACCUGCCUUUGAAGAUAUUACAGAUGGAGAGUUAUCUGAUGUCGAGGUUGAAAGAACCCCUAAAAAGAGGGGAAGGAAACCUAGGGAUAGUACAGACAGUAAAGAGUUUGUCUGUAAGGAGGUAUCAGUGCAAAGACUUGAAGACUGUGUUCAUAUUGUGCUUCGGCGCUCGUCUGGGAAGCAAACCCGUGUGAACCUAAGAAUAAUUGACUCAUUAACGUUCGCCAUGGAAGAUGCUGCCAUUGAUAACGUGGACCUUGUAGUCAUUAGCGGUCUUGGGGAUGACCUGUUCUGUGGUGUUGACUUAGACACUAUGGUUACAGUGCCUUUGGAUUGUGAAAUGAAGAAUUAUAGAAAAGACGUUGACAAAAUCAGGUAUCUUAUCCAAACAAUACAGCAUUUUCCUAAACCUAUUGUUGCAACCAUCAGCAAGCCAGCCCAUGGUCUAGGGGCUCAGUUGGUAGCCAUGUGUGAUAUGGUCUGUGAUGAAGCUUCUCUGGGUAGUCCAAUUGAUGUUGCCUCUGCCAAAGCUAAUGGUAUAGUGCCAUACUGCUUUCCCAGACUAAUGGGCCAUUCUGCCGUCAGUGAACAGUUAUUGAUGGGUCAGCCUAUAUCUUCACCUACUGUGCAGUGGAAGGACUCCCUUGGCGAAGUGUUUGAUGGUGCAAACUUUACAUCCCAGCUGUUAACAUCAGUGAAGGCAAUGAAUGACAUUCCAAGCAUCUCAUGCCCAGCUGUCUAUGACCGAGACUAUGUGUGUUCUGUAAGAGAAGAGCAGUGUCUGGCCAAAGAGAUUGAACUUGAAAAAGAGCGCUUGCAGGAGUCAUUGAAAGACUUGACAGCUUUUUGGAAUGACAUAACCUCUCAAGUCUCAUGAUAAUCAUACUUGAAAAGAGCUAAUAUAGAGAAAUAAAAUCCAGACGCUUAAUUUCAAAUGUCUUAAUGACAGAUCAUGGUCAAUUUGUUUUGGGAGUCAUUUUUGGCUAGAAUAUAAAUGCAUUUAUGGAGAAAAUAUAGCCCACUUUUCAUUUUGGGGGGUUUUAUAAAUGAUUUUUUUGGAAUGGUUUUGUAUUUGGAUGGUUGUAAAUAGUAGACAAUUUACAAAUUUCAUUAUUGUAUCUGUAAUUGCUGAGUAUGUUUAAUUUUCUAUCAGUUUACUUGGUAUAAUAAGACCCCAUGUUUUAUGUUGACAUCCUGUUAACUUGUGGCCCUGUGAUCUGAAGCUAUUUCUAUUUAAAUUCUUUACUUAGGAAAUAUUUAUUAUUGCUAUUUUUCUGGCUUUCUUAAAAAAAAUAAUGAAAAACUAUUAAAUCAUACACAAGAAAAUUAAGAUGACACUCCACUUAUUUUUGACAGUUUUGUAAUAAAAGAUGCAAAAGAAAUGAAA